AUGCUUCUUAUCGGCUUAACCGGCUCGAUAGCCACGGGCAAAUCCACCGUGUCAUCCCUCCUCACCUCGCCUCCAUAUAACCUCCCCAUAAUCGACGCAGAUGUACUAGCUCGAAAAGUCGUCGAGCCAGGUACAGCCGGAUACCGCACCAUAGUCGAUUACUUUGGACCUACGACGCCCGAUUUGCUGCUCCCAGAAGAACAGCCGGGUAAGGGAAAGCCCUUGAACAGGCCGGUCCUUGGAAGACGGGUAUUCGGUGAUUCCCCAGAGCGAAGGAAGGAUCGAGCAGUUCUCAAUGGCAUCGUACACCCUGCCGUGAGAUGGGAGAUGUAUCGUGCCUUGCUUUGGUACUAUAUACAUGGCCACUGGGCGGUGGUUUUGGAUGUACCGCUACUCUUUGAGAGCGGUUUGGAUGCUUUGUGCGGAACGGUGAUUGUGGUUGGAGUCAAAGACCCCGCGGUCCAAAUGCAGAGGCUACGUGAUAGAGACCCUCAUCUUACAGCUGAAGACGCAGAGAAUCGUGUGAAGAGUCAGGGAGACGUACACGGAAAGGUCAAGCGGGCGGAAUUUAGAGGGACGGAGAAUGCGAGGGGUGUCAUCGUUUGGAACGACGGGGAUAAGGCAGCACUCGAGGUGGAGGUUCGACGCGCAAUCAACCAUAUCAGUUCGACAAGCCCGCGGUGGUGGGCAUGGGUUUUGUUACUGGUGCCACCGUUGGGUGUUGGAGUAGCAGCGUGGAAUCUGGCCCUGAAUUAUCGAGAGAAGGCGAGGUGGGAAGAGAAGGAACGAAAUGAUAAGGCGAAGCUAUGA